CCACCGCCUUCCGCUGCGUCCUCAAGUACCUGCACGGCGCUGCCCUCUCCCAGGGAGCCGAGUACCAGCUGCGCCUCUCCCUUUUCGAUGCCACCUACCACCACUUCUUUGGGAGGACGUGGAGGAGCAGCUGGCGAGUUGCCAGCGCUGCCCCGCCACGCUCGGCCAGGGCGACGUUCAGUGAGGCUGAAGCUGUACCAUGGGACACCACGUGCCCUAUUGCACCCGCGCUUCCAGAACCCUGUGGAAAAGAACAAAUACAUGACAGUGAUGGAGAAGAGCUACCUGCAGUAUGCCUUGAAGUCCCACCAGCCCCUGGAGGCGAUAUUUCACCUCCUUCCUGAAAACCUGCUGAUAUCUGGGCUACAGACUGUUCCUGGCUUGCUGCCGGCACGUGGAGACACAGGCGACUGCUUGCAGAAGCCCCGGCUGAUGAAGACAGUCACCUGCUAUCUGGAGCGGCUUUUCAUCCAGUUGUACCCUUCUCUGGAGGAGUUUGAGGAGGAACUGCUGGAUUUACUGAACAGUGAUCGCUUACUUCAGGCUAACACUGGGUCGGACGGUGAAGAGCUGGUGGUUCGGGAGCGGCGGCUGCACGUUGGCGUCCACAAUGGCCUGCGCUUCGUCCAGGCACCGCAGGUCGCUGUGCUGGUGCCAGGGGCAGAACUGUCACCGAGUGGCUGCCAGAGGGUGCCCAGCUCUGGAGCCAGGGAUGCAGGUCAAGCCCUGGUGCUGAGGAGCCGCAUCCAGCUGAGUGAAAUGGUCCCUCACCCGGCAUUCGGGGUCUGCUUCCAGCUGGAAUAUGUCUUCUGCAGCACAGGGAGAGCUGGUGGGAAGGCCCUGUCUGGCAGUGCCCGCAGCGAGGCGGCCGACAUGCGCUCGGUGCGCUGGGCUGUCUGGAGCCCUGCCCUGGGCACCGGUGACACGGACGUUGUCCUGCCCCUGCGUGGUGGUGCCCGCCGUGGCCCCUGCCAAGCCUUGGUCUACCGGACCCCACCGAGCUCCCGGCAGGGGAAGCACGUGGAGUCUGGGACUGUCCAAUUCCGUGUUUCCACUGAUUCGGAAGAACAUCUUGUAUCUGCUGCGGAGCUCCUAUGUAAAGACAGGGACGAGUUGAAGCAGCCUCCUACGCCAUCGCUGAGAGUGCCAACCCCACGGCGAGUGCCAGUCUCCCCACGGGGACCAGGGCUGUCGGUGUCCCAGCUCGUGGCCUCACCACGGGGCACAGGCCAGACCCUGCAGCAGGAUGGGGGCAUCACCCACCUAGAGACCAACCUGGGCUCACCGGACACAGAGCCUUGUGCCAGCGACCAGCUGCGGGCACUGCCCUUCACCCCUCUGCAGCUGCCCAUGGCUGCUGUGGGGCUGCAGGCAAGCAGUUUCCAUGUGUCCCUCUCUCGUGCUUCACUGGCCCGCCUGCACGCUGCCGGCUUUCCAGACAUCCUGGACCGCAACCAGGAGCCAGUGGAAAUCUCGGAGCCAGUGGAGCUGGGCAGUUUCAACCUGCAGCUGGAGGAAGCUGACCCUCUGCAAGGCAAUGAAAUUGUCCUGCAGUUCCUGGCUUUUGACAGGGAUGCCCAGGGCAGUGUGGAGGGGCUGUGGCCAAGGACUGUCUUCCUCACCUUCCAGUUCUACCGUUUCCCACCGGUCACCACGCCCCGGCUGCAGCUGGUCAGCACAGACGGGGGUCUGGCAACUGGGCUGGCUGUGCCGGCACAGCUCCUUUUCCGUGUCAACGAGGAUGGGACCCUAACCAAACCACCAGGCUUGCAGCUGAAGUACAUGGUGGAUCCGGCUUUCCUGCGGCCUGGGGAGCAGCGCUGGUUCCUGCGGUACCUGGCCGAGCACAGCCUCCAGAUUGACGUCUGGGAUGGGGACUCCCUGCUUCAUGUUGGGUCUGCUGCCAUUAAACUGGAGCCCCUGCUGCGCCAGGGCCGGAUGGCUGUCAGGACCUACCACGAGUUGGAGGUGGCCACGACUGAGUACGAGCCGGACGGGACGGUGAUGGGCCGGGAGGCUCUGCGGCACGGCGCCCUGCGGCCCCUCGGUGUCCGUGUGGCUGUGAGGGGCCGCCUCCACCUCUGCCUGGCCAAUGUUGGUCACCCGUGUGAGGGGACCCCAGGACAGCUGCCAUUCCACUCCCGCAUUGUCACUGCACCAGACAGCACUGUCACCACCCCAGGUGGUGGCUGGAACUCCCUGAACACUCCUGGUGGCAGGACAGCGUGGGCCCGCAGGCUGGUGGAUGUGGACAAUGAGCUGCAGGCCGCACUGCGCAGUCGCCGGCCAGAAGGCUGGCCAAAGCAGCGUGCCUGGGACCUGCAGGUCAUUGAUGCCUACCGGGAUCACAUCAAGGGAGAGAGCAUCUACCAGAUGCUCAGCCAGGCCAUCACAGCCACCCGCACUGUCCACGCUGUGCUGGGGACAGCUGAGUUCUUUGAGUUCGCCCUGAAGAACCCGUACACUGUCCAGCACACUGUGACCAUCGAGGUCAACGACCCUGAGCUCAGUGUCAUACUGGACCCGAGGGAGUGGCGCCACUUCAAGGAGCUGACCAAGAGUGUUACACCAGUGGAGGAGGAUAUGUUCCAUCUCCGUGAUGACCUCAAGCCUCAGGUCUACCUGCGCCCCAGUGAAACUGUCCACAUCCCCUUCAAAUACCAGACCUUCUCUGCAGACCCUGCUGUGGUUGCAGCACAGGGGCCGGCUGGGCUGGGCACCGGUGCCGGUGGGGACACUCACUCCCUUGGGAAAAGCGGGGCCAAACAGACAAAGCUCAUCCAGGUCACCUUCCAGGUGAGCGGGGGGAAGCCCAUUGCACUCCUGCGGGUGAAGGUGGAGCCGCAGCCCCAUGUGGUGGACCAGACCUUUCGCUUCUACCACCCAGAGCUCACCUUCCUGAAGAAAACCAUUCGUCUGCCUCCCUGGUACACCCUCCCUGGCACACCAGUGGGGGUGCCAGGCGGGCAGCCUGAGAUGUUUGUUCGAUGCAGUGACCCUGACAUCAUUUGUGAAACCAAAUCCUUGGGGCCUGGUGAGCCACAGGACAUCUUCCUCAAAGUAGCCGGAGGACCAAGCCCGCAGAUCAAAAAGUUCUUUGUUGCUAUUUAUAUGGACACCUGGCUGGCAGCACCUGUCCAGAUCUGGCAGUUCUACCUGCACUCGCUGCAGCGCCUGGACGUGGCCUGCACAGCCGGGCAGCUCACCCGCCUCUCCCUGCUGCUGCGUGGCACCGCGGCCCCGCGGAGGGUGCGGGCCUUCACCUCCCACCCCCAGGAGCUGGAGAUGGAUCCAAGCGGUGCCUUCCUUCUCCCCGCCAAUGGCAUUCAGGACCUGUAUAUCGGUGUGAGGCCACGGCGGGCUGGCAGCAAGUUCAUCUACCUCAACUUGGUGGACGUGGAGUCCCACCAGCUGGUGUCCUCCUGGCUGCUCUGCCUGUCCUGCAGGCAGCCCCUCAUCUCCAAGGCCUUUGAGAUCUCGCUGCCUGUGGGAGGUGGGAAAGGCUGCAACAAGCGCAUCACCUACACCAACCCCUACCCCUCACCCCGGCUCUACUUCUUAUGCACCAACCGCCCCGACCUGCUGCAGUUCAAGGAGGAUUCCUUCGAGGUGGCUGGAGGGGAGGUGUACACCAUCGGCCUGCGCUUCGCCCCGAGCCAGACAGUGGGGGAGGAGGAGAUCCUGAUUCACAUCAAUGACCACGAGGACAAGAACGAGGAGACCUUCUGCGUGAAGGUCCUGUACCAGUGAGGCUGCCUGCCUGUCACUGCGAAGCUGCAGGUUCCUGUGCCAGUCCAGCAGCUUCAUCAACACCACCUCGGGGGUGCCUGUGUCUGUCUGAGGGUGGUCAUGACCUCCAUCCCCUGGCUGUCACCUUGCCAGGUUGGGGGUGUCUCUGUCACCAGCAUUCCCAGGCAUUGCCCUGAGUGCCGGUGGUGCCAGGCGGCUCCAUCCGCACAAACUGAGACGAGUAGAUGUGUUUGUUACAGCACUUUGUGACUGCAGGAUCUGUAUUUUUGUUAAGCGUGAUGAUAUUUUAGGCACUUUGAAUCUUUUUUUAACUUAAAAAGUUUGCAGAUUUGAUUCUGCAGAAUAUUUUUAAAGUAUUUUAUAUUUGACAGUGAGUUUUGUACACACUAAGGCAGUUUUACAGGAUUUUUGGUACUUUUUACUCAUCCUCGAUCCAUAAAAAUUACUGCACACAACCUGCAGAGUGUGGCAGCAUUUUCUUCCUGGGGAGGUGGAAAUCCUCAGCAUCCCUGCCCUGUGGAGAUGAGUCCUGGAGGUCCCCUGCAUCACCCCUGUCCCCUGGACCAUGCUAGGGGUCAGGGCAGGGACCAUAAAUGGGACUGGGAGCUUAGGGCAGCCCACUAGCUCUGGAAAUGCUGUUUCACUCUCCACAGGCCUGAGGCUGGUGAAUUAGUGGCCCCGAUAAAGUCAGGUGCCGAGUUCCUCUGCCUCCCUCACACUGAUGGGAAAUGACAGCUCAUAUUUUAGAAAUUAUUAUACUGUCUGCAGCACAGAGAGGCCCUGAAGUUGGGUUAUUAAAGUAGAUUAGCUGAAUAAUUUUUAUUACAUUUUCACAGAACGAUAUUUCUUGAGGCUUAUGAAUGAGCUGGUGCUGUACCUGCAGCACAGGCAGCUCGAGUGGUGAAUGAUGUGCCAGCAUUCAGGGGACACCAGCACAGGGACUCAAGCUCAGCUGGUGCUUGAAUGGUGCUGCCUGCUCCCCUGCAGCACAUGUCUGUGGCCCAAAAAUCUACAAAACUCUCAUUUAAAAAAGUUGAUAAAACUUUCCCUGUAGGAAAUGCAAAUGCCUUGUGUCCCAGCUGCUUGGCAUUAUGGCCAUGGCCCUUGGAGUUGCUGCUGCUGCUGCCUCUCAAACUCAGGACAAGCCUAGGGACAGCUUCCUGGGUUCCCACUUGUUAAUGAAGUCAUCCCUGCUAAUGACAAUGAACUUGAGCACCCGUGCCUGGCAUGCUGCUUGGUGUGCUCUACCCAUUUGCAUUCAUGUCAGGAAGGAAGUGAUUCCACUAAUGACAGAAUUAAUUUGGCCUAAAAAUCUCAGUUUGCGUCUCAUCACUGAGGUGUGCAGGGAGGGGAAGGAUUGAAAAGCCCUUCCCAUGGGUUCAGUAAUUCUUGGGGCUGUUGUCCCUCUUGGAGUAGAUGCAGAUGAGACAUUUAGGGGGCUGGAGUGUCACUGCCUUGGCAAAAGCAUUGCUGGAACGGCAACAGAGGAAUAAGGAGGGCAGGGAGACCUGGCCCCAGCACCUGGGCUAGGGAGGGGCAACUGAAAAAUGGCUACUAGUAAUGAGGAAAUAAGGUAAAAAAAAGAAAAACCAACAUGGGAGUUGGGGGCAAAGCUCCUGCAGCAGCUGAAGGCCCUUGGGAAACUGGCCCUCAGGAUGCCUGAACCUCAGCAGGGUUUGUUGCCAGCCCAAACUUUUAAACCCAGCUUGUUUUCCCCAUUAUGAGGAGGAAAUUGCGAUUGCCUGAGAACCCUCUAAUUAAACAAAGCCUCACCAUAAUAUUUGCUGGGAGCUCGCCAGCCCUGUAAUAUGACAUUACCAGUCAUCUUUAUUAGCUGAAAUGAGUAUUUAGCGCCUCUGCCAAACCGAAAGCUGAUUGAGGCACAUGGAAGCAGUGUGGCAGCAUCCAGCAAAGGCUCCUGUGACCUGCUGGUGAGGCAGCAUCAACCUGGGGGGCUUUCCACUGAGACAAACCCUUUCUUGGUAAUUUCCAUGUCACCCAGAUCUAGCCCAGCAGCCCCAGCAUGGGAGUUUGGGAGGUUUAUUCCCUGUUUCUCCCACUUGUCUCUCUGAAAGCGCGUCACCGACUUGAUAAAACCUGAUUUAAUGGUUACAAAACCCAGAGAUAAAGCUGCUCUUAAUGGAUUUCUUUAAGAUCAAGGCUGUCAAAUAGGAGGCUCAGAAUCCUUUCUGUGGUGAGAGUGACUAUAUUAAGUGCACUCAAUCACACCCAGGCGAAGGUUCCCUAAGUGAGACACUGGCUAGAGGAAAUGCAUUUUAUUAGCGUCUCCGGAGAAAGGAGUCUGGCAGGAGGGAUGAGGAGCCUGUGAGCUGCAGUGGCUGUGCUCCUGUUCAGCUGCAAUGGAUGGGAUGUGAAGGACUUUGAAAGCACAUCCUCACUCCCUGGUUGGUCCUGUGGGGAGGAGGGUGAUGGCUGCCAUGGUGACAUUGCAGGAGCUUGCCUGGGGGAGAAGAAACCCCAGGGAACAAUGCUCACCUGGGGAUAAUGCUCACAAAACACACCUCAACAUCCACCCUAUGGAGCUCAGCUCCUGCAGGGUCUGAUGGAGAGUGGGGCAUCCAAGGGGGUGAUGCUCAAAGGCUUUUGGGGGUGUCAGAUGGGACUCACCCCAACUGAAGGCAGGGGUGGAAGGAGAGGGGCCUUGGCAGCUCUGGGCAGACCAAAGCUUAAAACACAGAUUAGUUUUUCAUCACAAUUUGCAGCUCCAUAAUGAGAAAUUUGCAGCAGUUCUAAACUGCCAGUUGCUUUUAAAUCAUUUCCCGUCUUUCUGUCUCAGGCUUGACAUUUGAUGAUGAAUUGAGUCUCUGUGUUCAUUUACCCACUGAUUUACUGUACGGAGGUGGGAAACCUCAGCCACCUUAGUGAAGGUCAGCAUGGAGCAUUUGCCUGUAAUUUCCAAAUACUAUUAAGGUUUUUAAAUAAACUGUGUGGGCGCUGUAGGCAAUGAAGGCCCCUCUUGCAAGGCUGAUGCUGCAGCAGAUUCUUCUGAGUGGUGAAAGUGGGUUUGUGGGAGCAAGAGCAGAUCACUUGGCUUGUCAGCAUGAGCAUCAGACUGCACCCCAAAUUCAUGCUUAGCACUUGAUUUCAGGGGCACAGCAAUCUGGGCACUGACAGCGGCUCCUCACCUCCCAGCCCAGGUUAGUAUUGGGUUCUCAUCCUGCUUUCCCAUGGCUUGCUGAGCCCUGCACUCAUCCCUGGGAAGCUGGAGUUGUCCCACGGCUUCCCCUGAGAUGCCGGCUUUGUCUCCUGCUGCAGGACCCGGUUGUUUGUGGCUGUGAGUCUGUUUGGCGGGGGAGAGCAGGAGGUUCGGCUGCGCAAAUGUCACACAGAUCUUAUCUCAGGGGAAACAUCCUUCAGUAAUUACACUAAAUGAAAAGUCCUGGAAGCAAAGCCUUGGAGGCUGCAGCCUUCUGUUUAUUUCCAAAGUCUGAAGUAUGUGUGGAGGGAGCUGGAAGCAGGAGGUGCCAGUGGCUGCAGUCCCCGUGGUGUGGGGAUGGUGUCAGGGUUUGCCUUCACACAAGGGGCAGGCAGCAGGGUGCUCUGAGCUCUGCCUGCAUCAGCCAUCUGCCCCCUUGCUGCAAAUUAAUAAGUAAAUUUAGAAAAAAGAAAGAAAAACAAAGUCUCUAUGGAUAAUUUGUGCACAGAAGAGGGGCAAAAUGAAUUAAAUAAAUCAUUUGCUGCUACACUGGUCCCAUUUGAU